UGCCUCAUCGUCUUAUCACUACUGUUUUAUAAAUAUUUUUCUUAAGAAUUCCACUCAGUCUAUUUUGCAGUAUCUGAUUUGAUGUAAUUCUUAACUCAGUGUCGAGUGUUCUUGGUCUAGGUUUAACUUAGUAAGGCUACGUAUUCAACUGCAACACCAAAAGGAGUAAAUUAAGGACGGGUUAACCUUUGAACUUCUCGGGUUCUCUUUUUUUAUCGGUAACUCGAAACGCAUUCUGGAUAUCAUCCUCCAAUGGCAGAAAAACAGACCCCUGAAUCAAUCCCUCGCAGGAUCACAGCCCCCUUCCCUAAUUUAUCAUCCAUGUGUGAUCCAAAUUUCGUGGAGCACGCAUGGGAAAAUGAUCAAAAUCUGAUUCGAGGUUUGUCGUCGAUGAUGCCUAAAAAGAAUUUCCCAGGCUCUGUCAAUUUUUCUCAAUCUUCUAAGGCUCGAAUUCAACAUGAAGGAGAAACCCCUACGGUGAAUACAUCAAAGCACUGGGUUGCAGAUUCCACUAGUACGUAUGGCGAUCCAUUAUCCAGUAUCGCUAAAACGAAUCGCCUUAAUCAUCAUCAUCAUGAGAAUUACAUAACUUCUCUGCAAACUGGGUACCGGGAACUACUAUUCGAGGAUGGUUUCAAUGUUGCCUUGGAAGCAGACCAAAAAUGCUACGAUCAGCAACUCCUAGAUUCCAAUAUUGGUCCUACAAACAAAUACAAGAAUUUUAAACAAAGCAACGUGCUGGACGUGCCCGAGCUCGUACACGAGAUUCCUCAACAAACUAUGAAUAACGAUAGCCAACUACCACAGCCACAACCCGAAACUUGUAUUCCAUUUAUGAGAUCAAAGGACAAAUAUUCAAGGAUCGAUGAGCAAAGUGAGAGGGCGAACUGUUCCAUCUUCUUAAACUCUCCAGCUCUUCCUAAAUCUAGCCAGAUUCCAUGCUGUGGUGUAACAAUACCAAGGAGCACUCCAGGUUUAGCUGUUGAAGAAGAUGAUGAUUUAGAAGCCAACGCCAGAUCUGUUCCUUUCGCAAAAGAAGCAAAAUCUAUGAGGCUAAUAUUACCAGAUUAUGAGCCUGAAAAGGAGUGGGUUGUUCCUGAUGAGCAGUCCGAAGCCGUUCGUUUUAACGAUAAUAUGAGGCUUCCGUCUUCUAGGGUUGGUGGUACAUCUUCAGGCUUGGCACCAAAUACAAUCAUGAAAGGAAAAGUUGUCGAGCAAAAGGUUGCAUCGUCUUCAGUGUGCUCGCGUGGGGCUUCAAAUUGUCCAGUUAACACUUUUGAAAGGAGAUAUGAAGAUACUGAUCUCAGUGAUAAUGAUGAAUUGGAAGAAGCUCAUGAGACGACAAAAGCAACGCCAAGCAAAGGCUCUAAGAGAAAGAGAAAAUCUGAACUUCACAAGCUAUGUGAAAGGAGGCGAAGGGAUAAAAUCAAUGAAAAGAUGCGUGCAUUGCAAGAGCUCAUUCCCAAUUGUAAUAAGGUGGAUAAAGCUUCAGUGCUUGAUGAAGCAAUUGAUUACUUGAAAACGCUUCAGCUCCAAGUCCAGAUGAUGUCAAUGGGAACUGCUGGCGUUUAUAUGCCUCCAAUGAUGUUACCAGCUUCGUCAAUGCAACAUAUAAAUGCACGACAAUUGGGUGGUUACUCUCCCAUGGCCAUGGGAAUGGGAAUGGGAAUGGGAAUGCAAAUGGGUCUAGGCUGCACAACAGCAACACAAUUUCCAUCCAUAACUUCACUAAUGCCUGGGAUCAUGCAAGCUAGAUUUAACAUGCUUGGCCUCCCUCGCCAAGUUUUAUUAAUGUCGCCUUCACCUUUCGCAUCCUUGGCUGCAACAUUUCCCCCACAAUCGGUCCGAACCUCUUCCGUUUCUCAAGCUCUUGCCGCUGUUCCUCUGUCUACAUCAAAGGAUUCAAACCCAACACUUCAACUAAAAAAAAAGAAAUGCUUAAUGAAGAGUUAGCAAAUCAAUUUGUAAAAAGCCUCAGGUCUCCCCACUCACAUCAGACUGACCACCUGCCCAUUUUUUAUAAUUUCAUUUUCCUAUCUUGAUUUGUAAGUAGAUUUACGUAAAAUUUCAACUAAGAAUAAAAGUUAGAAAGAAUAGAACAACAUAUAAUAA